AUGGUUGCCACUCUGACAUAUAAUUUUGCCUUGGCCUUGAGGACGAUCUGCCUAGGGGAAAAAGCCAAGGAUGAAUUUCAUGUUGUGGAGAUUGUACCCCAAAAGGACAGCAAGGAAUCUGCUCCGGUGCGCAUAGCAAACUUGAAACUUUCAGUUCUCCCAAUGGUCACCACACUAGGACUUGAUCUGAAUCCACCUGUCACAUUAAGACUAAGGUCAGGGAGUGGGCCGGUCUACCUUGCUGGGCAGCAUGUGUCAGCUGUCAACAACUGGAAUGAUAGUGAAGAGGAGGAGGAGGAGGAGGAGGAAGAGUCCCAGGAAGUUGAAGAGAUGGAGGGAUCUUCCAAGGAAGAGUCUCCAAUGAAGCCUACCAAGGCUACGGACUCCAAGCAUUCAGCUAUGCAGCCAAGAAGGAGUCAGAACUCCCUGCUCGGGAGCUAUCUCAGGCAAAAGGAGCCGGCAGAGGGAGGAAGCCAGUAG